ACUUAAACUCACUGCCUGGAGGGAGAGAGGGAGGAGUCUGUCUUCACACAGAUAUAAGCCUUCUGAAUGAAAAUGAAAAUGAAAAUUGGAAUAUCAAAGACAAGAGCAGCACCAACAUUAGAUGUCAAAAGCCACUGAUGUGAUGAUGAGCACUGAAGUUUACCAGCAGCAGUAUGACGUCUCCCAGUUCCUGAAGAUCAAGCCAAUGGCUUUGGGGAUAUUGGAAAUCUUGAUAGGUUUAUUAGGACUUGGUUUGACAAUCUGGAAUGAUAGGCCUUUUCUUCUCUGGUCACCAAUUGUUUUCAUUAUAAUUGGAGCUCUAACAUUCUCGGCUGCACACACAUGUAAACCACGUCUGGUAAAAUACUCCCAAAUACUCAGCUAUAUCAAUUUUGCAGUAGCUGCUUUCUCCCUACGCUCUCACUUUUAUAUCACUUGGGGUGUGUCCUGCUUUCUCCUAAUGUCAUGUGAUAUUCUGAUCUCAAUCUUCUCUCUUGCUGUUGCCGCAACCUUCUGUCCCUGUUGUUGCAAACCAAAGCCAAGACCUGUCACGGUCAGUUAUAUGAAUACAGAUUUGCCCGUCAACCAUAUUGUGCUGAUGGGCCAGCCGGACUCUUCUGCAAUGGCACAUCCUGGUACUUCAGUCCUGUACAUGAUGCCAACAGCAGAUGGCCAAGUCUCACCUGCACUUAUGCCAAUGUGGGGUCCAUUUUCCAAUGCACCUCCACCAAACUACAGUCCAGUACCAAUUACACCUCCACCAACCUACGACCAAGUCACAGCUGCACUUCUACUAAACAACAGUCCAGUCCCAAGGGCGCCUCCACCAGCAUACGAGUAUGAAGAUUUACAGGCCAGAAGAUGAACUAGAUCUCCGACACAAAUGGGGAAAUUGGACGUUUACACUAUUUAUGGCAUUGAAAUAUGGUGAAUGGAAAAAGGUUUGUGAAUCAUUUGUAAAUAAUUGUAAUAUUACAAAAAUGUAU